CGAAUCUUCACAUUCAAUAUUCGACUUCAGCUGAAGAACCUUGUUUAGUAUUUUCCAAAUACAACACCUAAACUUGUUCAACAUGCAGAAAUACGUGUUGGUAGCCCUUGCUCUAUUCGCCGUCGCCGCUGCGGCUCCCCAGCAGCCACAAGAGCCAACCUACAUUCUCAAACAGGAUUCUGUUGUCAACCCCGACGGUUAUAACUUCGAGUUCGAAACAAGCGACGGCACGCAGCGCCAAGAACAGGGCAACCUGAAGCAACUGGCCGAGAACGUGCAGGCCCUCCAAGUGCAGGGCAGCUACAAGUACGCAGCCCCCGACGGCCUCAUUUACACCGUCACCUACGUCGCUGACGAACACGGUUUCCAACCACAAGAGCAUGUUGAACACCCCGGACAAUAAGUUCAAUUUUGAACGUCGGUCAUCUGUCAUUCCUUCUUCGCACUUUCGCUUAUAAAUUACGGGUAAUUUUCUACUCGUUAUUUAUAAAUUUUGCACUUU